AUGCAGCGGGCCUUCGUUUUGCCCACCGUUGUAUCCUGGACCCUGCACAGCGUGGCACGGGCGCCCCCGGUUUCUCACCUGCGCCCGGGUCGGGUGGACCCAGGGAAACCCCAGGCCUUGCCGCGGGGACUGACGGGAAGGCAGUUCACCAAGAUCGAGGCCGCCACCCAGCGUCUGGCCCUGUCCAUCCUCUCCCAGGAGGCACCUGCCCAGAGACCGCCACCCCGAAGGCCGCCUCCGCCCUCUCCAGCCCCCUUCCUGGGGGUGGCCUGUGCCGUGGCCCCCACGGAGCUAGCCCACACCAGCCCCAGCUUGAGCCUGGCUGCCCUGGACGCCUCCCCGCUCGACUUGUUUGAGGACAUCGUGCUUCCCCCAGAGGGUCCCCUUGUGCCCUCUGACCCCCAGACCGCGGACACCGCCCCCCAGGCUCCGCCUCUAGGCCUGAACGCGCUGGGGGAAGGAGCCGAGCCUGGCCCUCUGCCCUGGGGCUGGAAAAUAAAGACGGCCCUGAGCGUGUCCACAGACACCGCGGGCGGGCAGCAAGGCGGAGUCCUCAACCGACCGCGCCCCGGGGCUUUCCGGGAAGGUGCCCGGGUGUCUCUGUGA